AUGGCUGAACUUGAUUUUCUUGCUUCUUUACAAGCAAGAGAUCCUUUUGAAUCCGGGUUCUUUUAUGUGGCAGAAGAUGGUCCAUCUCUUUGUUCUCCUAGAGAUGGAAACUCAUCUGCCAAACUUUCCUAUAAGGAUGUGUUGGGAUCUCCUUUUUCAUCUUCUGUUCAAAUGGUAGUUGACGAUGUUUCUGAUGAUGAAUUUGAAGAUGACCAGAGCUCUAUUCCUUGCGUUCAUCUUUCCAAGGAAGAGAAAAGAAGAGUUAGGUCACCAUGGGUAAAUGCUCUGCUUUUGAAUUUAAGAGGAAAGUCUCUGCCUUUUAAGAGAAAUUUUGGCAAAAGUGGGAAGUGUUUUGGGUCUCUGCAAAAAGUGGACUAUCAUACGAACCACAACUCUAGAGGAAGAUUUGCUCGCUUCUGUGUUCUAGUUCCUUGCAACAAGCCAUUGAUCAACAAGAUUAAAAUUGGUAGGCUGAUUCAGGAAUUGCAGUACGAAGAUGUCUCUUGCUGCUUUACUUGUGGAAUCAUGGGACAUAAAAAUACUGAUUGUGCGAAGAAUAAAGAAGACAAUACAAAGGUAGUGGAGGUUGAGAAAUCUGAACUGGGACCCUGGAUGUUGGUUAACAACAGGAAGAAUUCGAAAUCAAGAUCACGGGGCAGAUCCAGAACCAAGGCCAAUCACCGUGGGUGGUCUGACAGGAGCCAAGGUCAAAAUGACAGACAUCCAGUCAAAAUUUGGCGCCCGAAAUCGAAAUCAAAUUUUGAAAAAUCAAAAGAAGCGGGACCUUCUGGAACCAAGCAACUUUGUGAUGGGUGUUGUGACCCGGAGUCUGUGGGCCAGCCCACUUUGGUUAUUUUAGACAAGGGCCCAACGGGAACUCAAAAUGAAGAAGUGGCAGAAUUUAUUGGGCCUUGUCCAAAUGUUUCAGAAUCUGAAAUUCCUUCUUACUCUCAUUCGCAAAAAUCCCAUGUUGAGGCUAAUAGUGAGAUUAAGGAAGGAAUUUCUGGGGAAUUUAAGUCUGAAAAACCUCAUGAACGGCAGCAUAUUACGGAGGAGGAAUCUGGAGCUUAUAGAUGUGGUGCAAAUUCUGGUGGUGAGAACCCAAAAAUUGGAGCAGAAGGUCAGAAUUUUGUUUCUUUUCAGUGUGCGGAUAGUUCAGUGGUUGAUGAUGGAAACGCUGAUUUUGUUGAAAGAGGAGGUUGCGGUAAAACUUCAAAAGCAGAUGAUGUAAAUGGGGAUAUUGAUUCCACCCUCUCAAACAAGGAUUUGCCUAGUAUCACACCUUGUGAAGAUUUAAGGUCCGGGAGUAAUAACAAAAGGAUUGGCCAUCAUGCUAUGCGACUUCGCAAGAUUCUACGUACAGCAAGAAGACGGGGCAUGGAAUGGAUAGACCCAAUUGGCUUCUCUGGAGGUAUAUGGUUGCUGUGGAAUGCUGACGAAUUUGAUGUUCACAUUCAUAGCAAAACUCAGCAGGAGAUUACAGCUUUGGCAAAGGUUAGGUCUUUGAACCAGUCUUAUGCUAUUUCUGCUGUUUAUGCUAGCCCUGAUAGAGAAAGUAGACUUUUGCUUUGGGAUUAUCUUGCUUGUCUGGGUGCUAACUUGAACCUUCAUUGGAUUUGGAUUGGGGAUUUUAAUGAGACUCUCUGCUCCCUUGAUAAAUAUGGUGGUCGUGUUGUUAAUCCUUUAAACUCUUCUUCUUUGAAUGAUGCUCUUUCUUCUUGCGAUAUGAUUGAUAUUGGAUUUGUGGGUCCUCGUUUCACGUGGUCUAAUAAGAAUCCCAUUUCUACACUCAUUCUUGAAAGAAUUGAUAGAGCCUGGAUUAAUAGUGCUUGGCUAGACAGUUUUCCUGAGUCCACUUUGUUUCAUUUGCCUAGGAUUUGUUCUGAUCAUUGCCCUAUUCUCUUUUCCACAAAUGCUUCUAAUCCUGUUUUUGAAGAAAAACCUUUUAGGUUUCAACCUAUGUGGUUCUCUGAUAGUUCCUUUUUUGAUGUUGUAAAAUCUGUUUGGGAUAGCAAUGUUGGUAAUUUUGAUUCAAAAAUUCUAGAUUUCAUACAAGCUGUCAAGGAAUGGAACAAAAAUGUGUUUGGUAAUGUUUUUCAUAAAAAGAAUAGACUGCUUGCUAGAAUUAAAGGUGCUCAAUUGGCUCUUGCUAAUAAUCCUUCUCAGUUUCUUAUUGACCUUGAAAAGCAACUUCAAACUGAUUUUAUUGAUAUUUUAAGGCAAGAGGAAACCCUUUGGGCCAUGAAAUCUCGUAUUGAUUGGCUCAAAGAUGGUGAUAAGAAUACCAAGUUCUUCCAUCUCACCACUAAAGUUAGGCGUAAGUGCAAUAGAAUUGUUGCUUUGAAAGAUAAUGUGGGGAACUGGCUCUAUAAUGAUGAUUGUAAAAAACAUGUUAUUGAUUUUUUCUCUAACUUGUAUACUACUGAGUUCCCUAGUCAUGAUUUGGUUGCUAACUAUGAACCUCCUAGCAUUGUUAAAAUUGAUUCUCAGGUUCAUGGGAGAUUAGUUGCUAUUCCUUCCAUCAGGGAAAUUAAGGAUGCUCUUUGGAGCCUUAAACCCUUUAAGGCCCCUGGAACUGAUGGCCUUCAUGCAGGAUUUUUUCAGAAGUGUUGGGACGAUAUUAAAGAUAGUCUAGUGCAGGCCAUUAAGGCCGUUUUUGAGAAUAAUUGCAUGCCUGAUAGUUGGAAACAUUUUCUGAUUUGUCUUGUUCCCAAAACUGUUUCUCCUGAUUGCAUUAAAUUGUUCCGACCUAUUAGCUUGGCUAACACCUGCUAUAAGAUUGUCACAAAGAUUAUUGCGCUUAGGAUGAAAAGUUUGAUGAAUGAUAUCAUUAAUCCUGUUCAGGCAGCCUUUAUUAGUGGUAGGAGAGCGUCAGAUAAUAUCAUUUUAGUUCAGGAAGCUCUUCAUUCUGCUAGAGUUAGCUCUUCUAAAGAGGGUUGGAUGUUCAUUAAGAUUGACUUAGAAAAGGCCUUUGAUAGACUUGAAUGGGGUUUCAUAAGAGACAUGCUUAAGUUCUUCAAUUUUCCUAAUAAUCUUAUAAAGCUUAUCAUGUCUUGCAUUUCUGAUCCCAGUUUAGCCAUUCUCAUUAAUGGUUCUUCUUCUGAUGAAUUCCAUGCCUCAAGAGGAAUAAGACAAGGUGACCCUAUUUCACCUUAUCUUUUCCUCCUAAGCAUGGAAUAUCUUUCCCUUCUUAUUGAGAAUGAAGUUGACAAUAAUUCUUGGAAUCCUAUCCAGAUUGGUAGAAAUGGUCCUAAGUUCUCCCAUGCACUUUUCGCUGAUGAUAUCAUUUUAGCUGCUAGAGCUAAUAUGGGCAAUUGUAUGACUAUUUCUAGGAUUUUGGAUGACUUUUGCCAUAGGUCAGGUCAGAAAGUUAAUAAAGAUAAAACUAAAAUGUGGUUUUCUCCUAAAGUAAGUGAUUCUUUGGCCUUUGAUAUUACCAAUAUGUUAGGUUUCUCUCGCACCAAUAAUCUUGGUACUUAUCUUGGACAUCCCCUUCUUGUUAAUAAAGCUAAAAAAGCUGACUUUGGUCCUUUAAUUGAGAAAAUCAGAAAUAGGUUAGCAGGUUGGAAGGCCAAAAAUCUUUCUUUAGCAGGUAAAAGCACUUUGAUCCAAUCUGUUACUUCCUCUAUUGUUGAUUAUCCUAUGCAAGCCUCUGCCCUCCCUCCUCCUGUUUUAGAUGAGAUAGAUAGACUCCAAAGGAACUUUCUAUGGGGUGACUCUGAGGAGAAAAGAAAGAUUCACUCCAUUAAUUGGGUUAAUGUCACUAAAGCUAAACGAAAGGGUGGUUUGAAUCUUAGAAGAUCUAGGCUUAGAAAUGUGGCUCUUAUGGCCAAACUCAUCUGGAGAGUUAAGAGAAAUCCUGAGAACAUGUGGGUGAAGGCUUUGUGUAGCAAGUAUAAUUUUGACACCUUUCACAAGAAAAGCAACAAUUCUAACACGUGGUUGAGCAUUAGGAAAGGGAAAGAUGUUUUUAGGAGGGGCUGCAAAAAAGUCAUUAACUCUGGUAUUAACAUAAGUUUUUGGUUGGAUACUUGGGUUGGUGUUGUGCCUCUUAGAGAGAUUAUCCAUGGUCCUUUCAAUAGGAAUGAAGAGAACAUUAAGGUUAGUAGUUGUGUGAAUUUGGAUGGAACUUGGAAUUUUGAUUGUGUUUCCUUUGUGCUUCCAGAUUUCAUUAUUGAUAAAAUCCAUGCUAUCCCUUACUGCUUACAAAACCCUAGAGAGGACACUUUCACUUGGAACUUGUCCUCCAAUGGGGAAUUUUCUCUUGAUACUGCUUACAUUUUGGCUGCAAAUGAUGAUUUCAUUUUUGAUCCUUUUUGGAAAAAGUUGUGGAAAAGCCCUUGCAAUAAUAGAAUUAGACAUUUCCUUUGGCUUUCUGCUCAUAACAGGCUCACUACCAAUUCUUUGCUGCACAAUAGACAAAUCUCAGAUAAUUUUUCUUGUGACUUGUGCAUUGAUUCUGAGGAAGACUGUUUGCAUGUUCUGCGUGAUUGCACUUUUGCUACUGAAGUCUGGCAAUCUUUUUCAUUGCCUGACAAUUUCUUUGAUUCCCUUUCCAUUAAAGAUUGGAUUGAUCUCAAUCUUUCUUCCUCCAUGUCUUUCAGAAACACUCCUUGGCCUACUUUGUUUGCUUACUCCUGUUGGGCCAUUUGGAAAGCUAGAAAUUCUAGGACUUUCCUAGGAAAAGUUGCUCUUCCUUUUACUGUCAAAACACAAGCUGUUAAUCUUUCCAUUGAAUUCUUUCAUCUGGCGUUUAACAACACGACUGCCAUUAAGAGAAAUGAGAUUCUUGUCUCUUGGAUCCCACCUUUACAAGGUUGGUUUAAGUUGAACUCUGAUGGAUCUGUUGAAGGUAAUCCUGGAAUUGCUGGAUCUGGAGGAGCUAUAAGGGAUGAUCAGGGCCAAUGGGUGGCAGGUUACUCAAGGAAAAUUGGCUACACUUCUAGUUUGCAAGCUGAAUUUUGGGGUCUAAGGGAUGGGUUGAUUCUAGCCCAUUCAAAAGGAAUCCAAAAACUUGAAGUCAAUGUUGAUGCUUUGAAUGUCAUAACUCUUAUUAAUAAUGCUGACAUAUCAGUUCAUCCUUUGGGCAACAUUAUUUAUGAUUGCAGGAUGCUUAUGCAAAGAUUCCCAUGUCUCAACCUCUCACACUGCUUUAGAGAGGGAAAUAUGGUUGCUGAUGCAUUAGCCAACAAUGGAAGAGUGCAACAAAUGUCUUUUUCUGUUUUUGAUGUUAUUCCUUACUUUGUUUUUGAUUUGCUUAUGGCUGAUACUGCGGGAAUUUCUCUUCCCAGACUUGUAAACACUUAA